UCAGUUGAAAAAAAACGUCCCCGAGUCCACCCCUCCCCAGCUACCACAGAACUCCUCCCUGUUCCCAUCGCUGCCGCCCGCCGCUCCUCCUCUCCUCUGUUACCCCGUCGCGAGGAACCAACCUCCCGAAGCAACCGGAGCGGCAAGCGGCGGAAGAAUGGAGAGAUGGCGUCUACGGCGACGACGAAGGAGAUGGGGCGGGCGUCCUACAUCUGGAUCAAGCACGAGGAGGAGCGGCGCAAGGCUUCCUGGAAGGAGCCCGAGGCCCGGGUCUUCUCCGCCACCACGCGCACUGAUGUCGCCGCGCUCCUCGGCGAGCCCCGCGACCAGAUCCUCGUCGGUCGUGCCUCCUUCGCCGACCUCGCCGCACAGCAGUCCGGCUGCUGGGGAGUGAAACGAACUCCAGUUCACGCUCUGUUUUGGUGGAUCUCACUACGCUCAGGAGUUGUUCGAUGAAAUGCAAAGCCAGAGAAAAACUAGAGAUGAGACACAGGUUCAGUUUUCUCUUCAGGCAAGGAAUGCCUUUCUCUCUUUUGCUCUGGCCAGCAACAUAGUCGGCUCCCUCUCUUUUGUGUGCAGUUACACAAAUACACACAUGUAUGGCCUGCAGCCAUGCUCAGACAUCCUCAGCACACAUAGACGUCGCUACAGUGCAGGGACACACACAUCAGCCUACUGUCAACUCCGCAUGUUACUAGACACGAGCAUGGUCUAUACACUGUCUAGAUUGCAACAAGGAUUACAUUAACAGUUUGAACCGAGCUUGAUUUUUUUGGUUAAGAUUCAAUGAUGGUUUGGUGUUACUCUAUUUUUACUAUUGUUUCCUUAUCAAUAUUUCACUGCUGUGAUAGUGAAACAUUUAUCUAUUACAUACUUUUUCGUUGACAGCCGAAUGUGCUGUUUGAACUGUUUUCCCUAGAUGAAGGAAGUACAGUUUGCAUGUACUAAUUUUUUACUGUUAGUUCCAGAUUAUCCCCCUUCCUGUGUGCAUUUACUAGAUGUUUAAAUUAAUAUAUGGAUCAUCUUCGGUCCAGCAUGAUCUAUUUAGCAAAUUAAAAUUUCUCAUCCAGUGUUCAGUUAUUUUCUCAAUUUAUUUGCUGCUCAUGUAUGUGUUAACCUGUACUGAGAUUGUUUAUUAUAUAUAUGUCUAUGUCCAGCUUCUGUAAUGUCAUGCAUCUAUUUAGGGAAGUCAUUCUAGGUAACACACCUGACUUGUAUCAGCUCAAAAUUGCUAUUAUGAAUAUAGUUUAUUUCACAUAGAUAAUGAGCUAUUUCAUGCAGUUCUUGUCCCUGGAGACUUCUCAAGUGCAACUUACGGGUAUCUUGAACCAUCAACACUGCCUCCAGCUGACACCACCCUAGGCUCCGGGGAGUACACCGGGCCACUGACAGCUGCGUAGGUGAUGGCAGCGGGCGGGGCUGGUCUUCUUCUUGGCGCACGUGUGUUACCUCUCCAAGAUCCAUGAGCUUGGUGACACGUUGCUCAUCCUCUGAUGCUCGCUUGCUCACCCUGCUCGGCAUCUACCACCAUGCCAUCAUCAUUGUCAUGCUACCUCUGGCUCGCCACUGGGAUGUAGUUCUCAUGUGGAGUUGUUUGGAUGUGCGUGCAGGUGCAAGAAAUUCAGGAAGUUGGGCAAAGUAGGGUCGUUCUGGAGGCCAUCACCGUUGUGCAUCACCGACCAGGCAACCUCGAAGCAUGCUACCUUCUUGGAAAUUAUCCGAUUGUAUUUCUGGGGAGCCGGGAGGCAGGAGCAACGCUGGUGAUGACCCCGACGGUGGGUGACACCGCCGGGAGGCAAUGCACUCCCUGGUUGUCGUUCAAUUCAUCAGCAUUGGUGCCACCAAGGACGAUCACAACAAAUGAUAUUUUUCCUUCGAUUUUCUUUCUAACGGUGGUGGAUUGGUUGCUCCUUGGUGCGUGGAUUUUUAGAUGUAGGCUGCUGGUGAGGAAACAAAGUUGGUGAAAAUAUCAAAGCUGGACAAAAAUAAUAGAAACAUUAAGCGCAGAAUGUGCUGUACCUAAAUUAGCUGCCUGGAAACAUAGGGCCUGUGCUAAAUGACUGAAGGGUGAGCAACAACUUCGAGCCGAGAAUUGGAGACUGGCAAGAUAGAGUUCGGCCAUAGUGUACUGCCUGGAAAGGAAGGCAUUGCACUGGAGGGUGGCGCAGGUGGUAAUGGAGGAGGUGGCGAUGAGUAUUGCGUCAGGCGGCAAUCGGAUUAAAGCGUGGAAGAUAUUGGCAUCGAUAUGAGAGUGGGCGAGAGCCAUAGGAAAAAGGAUCUGGUGAAGAAAGAACAUAAGAGAUGGGCGUGGGUCAGUUGGUGUUAUCGGCCUGGCUAGGCCAACGUGGUACAUGCAAACUUUUUUUUUUCUUUUCUGAGUUGUACUAGGCUAAAUCUCACUAUAUUUGUACGUGUUCAUAUGUCAUUUGUUUUUCAAAACAAAAUAAAUAAUGAAAAUGUAGAAUAAUGUAAAAUCAAAA